AUGGAGCAAGGCCCCCUGGACGUGGUGAGGCUGUGCGGCUGCAGGCCAAGAGAAGCUGGGGACAGGAGACAGGAAGCUUUACAGAAUCUGACUGCAGCAAGUGUAAUCCUGGAGGGGAGUGCUUUUCAAGAGGAAGAAACAGCAUGUGUCAAAGACGGGACACGAGGGCAUGUUUCAGGAAUAGCAAAUUGUUUUAUGUGUCUGGUGGUGACAAGUGGGUUGAUGAUCAGAAGUUGUGGGAAAAGUUUGGAGGAGCAGGUUGGAGUCAAGUCUUCCUUGCAGGCAGAAAAAGGCACAAGCAAAACCAUUCCAGGAAAAUACUUCACUUUUCUGGAGAGGAAGGGCCAAAGCAGGGGAACAUCAAGGGACGUUCGGGCAGGGACCAAGGCGGACCACGGCUCGGAGCGAGCUGAUGGGCGCAUCGUCAAGAUGGAGGUAGACUACAGCACCAUGGUGGAUCAGCGACUGCCCGAGUGCGAGAAGUUGGCCAAGAAAGGAAGACUUCAAGAAGUCAUUCAAACCCUUCUCUCUUUGGAGAAACAGACCCACAAUGCUUCUGAUAUUGUGCCUACAUCCCGCAUCUUAGUUGCAGUGGUGAAGAUGUGCUAUGAGGCUAAAGAAUGGGAUUGACUUAAUGAAAAUAUUAUGCUUUUGUCAAAAAGACGGAGUCAGUUAAAACAAGCUGUUGCAAAAAUGGUUCAACAGUGCUGUACUUAGGUUGAGGAAAUCACAGAUCUUCCAGUCAAACUUCAAUUAAUUGAUGCUCUAUGAAUGGUUACAGAAGGAAAGAUUUAUGUUGAAAUUGAGCAUACUUGACUGACUAAAACGGUAGCAACUAUAAAAGAGCAAAACAGUGAUGUGAAAGAGGCUGCCUCCAUUUUACAGAAGUUACAGGUGGAAACCAACCAGUCAAUGGAAAAGAAGGAGAGAGUGGAGUUUAUCUUGGAGCAAAUGAGGCUCUGCCUAGCUGUGAAGGAUUAUAUUCGUACACAAAUCAUCAGCAAGAAAAUUAACACCAAAUUUUCAGAGAAAUUAAAAUUGAAAUAUUAUAACUUAAUGAUUCAGCUGGAUCAACAUGAGGGAUCUUAUUUGUCUAUUUGCAAGCAGUACAGAGCUUACAAAUGGUACUUACAUGGUACUCCCUGAACAUAGGGAGAAAGUGAAAAGUGGCAAGAGCCUCUGAAAAGUGUUGUCCUCUAUGUGAUUUUGGCUCCUUUUGACAACGAACAGUCAGAUUUGGUUCACCGAAUAAGUGGUGACAAGAAGUUAGAAGAAACUCCUAUAAAGGAUCUUUUAAAGCUUUUUACCACAAUGGAGCCGAUGCAUUGGUCCACACUUGUUGCAGACUAUGGAAUGGAAUUAAGAAAAGGGUCUCUUGAGAGUCCAGCAACUGAUGUUUUUGGUUCUACAGAGGAAGGUGAAAGAAGGUGGAAAGACUUGAAGAACAGAAUUGUUGGACAUAAUAUUAGAAUAAUGGCCAAGUAUUACGCGAGGAUAACAAUGAAGAGGAUGGCUCAGCUUCUCGCUCUGUAUGUUGAUGAGUCAGAAGCUUUUCUUUCUAAUCUAGCAGUUAACAAGACCAUCUUUGCUAAAGCAGACAGGUUGGCAGGAAUUAUCAACUUCCAGAGACCCAAGGAUCCAAAUAAUUUAUUAAAUGACUGGUCUCAGAAACUGAACUCACCGAUGUCUCUAGUUAACAAAACUACACACCUCAUAGCCAAAGAGGAGAUGAUACAGAAUCUACAAUAAGGGUCUCAACACCCCUAAUGCUUUUAGAAAAGAAGUUAAAAUUGGAAGUCAUAAAUAAAAAAAGACUGUUAUGGUGUAAAUGUUGGGGUUUUGUUUUUUUUUUUCUAUAUUCUCAGCUCCUUCAUCUAAAAUUUAAAAGAUAGUGAAUAUAUUUAAGGCCGCUUUUGAACUUUCAGCUCCCUGAUUUUAUCGUUAACUUUGCAUUUGCAAUUGGUGCAAAAAAAAAAAAAUACAUUUCUAUUGUCUACGUACUCAAAAAAUUGUGUCAUAACUUACCCAAAUGUGUUUUUCUAUCAUUUGAAAAUUUUUAGCUAUUAUUUGUUCUCAUUCAGCUAACAACCAUAAUAAUAAAAGCAGUAUAUGCA